AUGGGUGGUCCGGUGGCCAGGGAGCGUGGGCCGGGGUCGGGCGGCGCGGCGGCAAGCCGGGGACUGAGCGACGAUCGGGAGCUAAGCGGCGGGGGCCAGGGCGGAGGCCGCGGGCUGAGCGGCGAGGGCCAGGGUGGAGGUCGUAGGCUGAGCAGCGGGGCUGGGGCCGCAGGCAGGCGGGGAAUGCAGGCGGCGGUGGCGAAAGCUUCCGACGGUGGCGGCAGUGUGGGGGCAGAGUUAUCAGAGGAGGCCGAAAACAUGCGGUGCCGGAGGCUGCAGGGAGGCCAGCAGGUGGCCGGACCAGAGGCAGAAAGUGCAGCAGCGGGCGACCGGAGACUGGUGCUGGCGGGGGCUGGGGCCGGUGAAGGGGGGCUGGAGGCCGGAGCGCAAGGGGCUGGAAAGAGCCGGUGGCGCGGGCCCCGAGGCUGA